AAUCUGGGCAACACAUGCUUCAUGAACGCCAUCCUGCAGUCUCUCAGGUAAGUCCCUCCGGUGAGCCAAGGCUCAUUAUGGUCCCUGUUGAGAACUCAGGUGACCUGUAUGGCUUAAGGCUCUGGCUCUGGCCUCAAUAUGGCCUGUGUUGUGUGGAUGGCCUACUGUCUGGCUCAGUGGGCUGUAGUCAUGGCCUACUGUCUGGCUCAGUGGGCUGUAGUCAUGGCCUACUGUCUGGCUCAGUGGGCUGUAGUCAUGGCCUACUGUCUGGCUCAGUGGGCUGUAGUCAUGGCCUACUGUCUGGCUCAGUGGGCUGUAGUCAUGGCCUCUGUCUGGCUCAGUGGAGCUGUAGUCAUGGCCUGCUGUCGUGGCUCAGUGGGCUGUAGUCAUGACCUACUGUCUGGCUCAGUGGGCUGUAGUCAUGGCCUACUGUCUGGCUCAGUGGGCUGUAGUCAUGACCUACUGUCUGGCUCAGUGGGCUGUAGUCAUGACCUACUGUCUGGCUCAGUGGGCUGUAGUCAUGGCCUACUGUCUGGGCUCAUGGGCUGUAGUCAUGGCCUACUGUCUGGCUCAGUGGCUGUAGUCAUGACCUACUGUCUGGCUCAGUGGGCUGUAGUCAUGGGCCUACGUCUGGCUCAUGGGCUGUAGUCAUGGCCUACUGUCUGGCUCAGUGGGCGCUAGUCAUGACCUACUGUCUGGGCCUCAUGUGGGCUGUAUCCUGGCCUACUGUCUGGCUCAGUGGGCUGUAGUCAUGGCCUACUGUCUGGCUCUGUGGUCUGUAGUCAUGGCCUACUGUCUGGCUCGUGGGCUGUAGUCAUGGCCUACUGUCUGGGCUCAGUGGGUCUGUAGUCAUGGCCUACUGUCUGGCUCAUGUGGUCUGUAGUCAUGGCCUACUGUCUGGCUCAGUGGGCUGUUAGUCAUGGCCUACUGUCUGGCUCAGUUGGGCUUGUAGUCAUGGACCUACCUGGUCUUGGCUCAGUGGUGGCUGUAGUCAUGGCCUACUGUCUGGCUCAGUGGGCUGUAGUCAUGGCCUACUGUCUGCUCAGUGGGCUGUAGUCAUGGGCCUACAUGUGGGCUGUAGUCAUGGCUAUCUGUCUGGCUCAGUGGGCUGUAGUCAUGGCCUACUGUCUGGCUCGUGGGCUGUAGUCAUGACCUACUGUCUGGCUCAGUGGGCUGUAGUUCAUGGCCUACUGUCUGGCUCAGUGGGCUGUAGUCAUGGCCUACUGUCUGGCUCAGUGGGCUGUAGUCAUGGCCUACUGUCUGGCUCAGUGGUCUGUAGUCAUGACCUACUGUCUGGCUCAGUGGGCUGUAGUCAUGACCAGUCUCUGGCUCAGUGGUCUGUAGUCAUGACCUACUGUCUGGCUCAGUGGUGUGUAGUCAUGACCAGUCUCUGGCUCAGUGGGCUGUAAUCAUGGCCUACUGUCUGGCUCAGUGGUCUGUAGUCAUGGCCAACUGUCUGGCUCAGUGGGCUGUAAUCAUGGCCUACUGUCUGGCUCAGUGGGCUGUAGUCAUGACCAGUCUCUGGCUCAGUGGGCUGUAGUCAUGACCAGUCUCUGGCUCAGUGGGCUGUAGUCAUGGCCAGUCUCUGGCUCAGUGGGCUGUAAUCAUGGCCUACUGUCUGGCUCAGUGGUCUGUAGUCAUGGCCAACUGUCUGGCUCAGUGGUCUGUAGUCAUGGCCAACUGUCUGGCUCAGUGGGCUGUAGUCAUGACCUACUGUCUGGCUCAGUGGGCUGUAGUCAUGACCUACUGUCUGGCUCAGUGGUCUGUAGUCAUGACCUACUGUCUGGCUCAGUGGUCUGUAGUCAUGACCUACUGUCUGGCUCAGUGGGCUGUAGUCAUGGCCUACUGUCUGGCUCAGUGGGCUGUAGUCAUGGCCUACUGUCUGGCUCAGUGGUCUGUAGUCAUGACCUACUGUCUGGCUCAGUGGUCUGUAGUCAUGACCUACUGUCUGGCUCAGUGGGCUGUAGUCAUGACCUACUGUCUGGCUCAGUGGUCUGUAGUCAUGACCUACUGUCUGGCUCAGUGGUCUGUAGUCAUGACCAGUCUCUGGCUCAGUGGUCUGUAGUCAUGAUCUACUGUCUGGCUCAGUGGUCUGUAGUCAUGACCAGUCUCUGGCUCAGUGGUCUGUAGUCAUGACCUACUGUCUGGCUCAGUGGUCUGUAGUCAUGACCAGUCUCUGGCUCAGUGGGCUGUAGUCAUGACCUACUGUCUGGCUCAGUGGGCUGUAGUCAUGGCCUACUGUCUGGCUCAGUGGUCUGUAGUCAUGACCAGUCUCUGGCUCAGUGGUCUGUAGUCAUGACCAGUCUCUGGCUCAGUGGUCUGUAGUCAUGGCCUACUGUCUGGCUCAGUGGGCUGUAGUCAUGACCAGUCUCUGGCUCAGUGGUCUGUAGUCAUGACCUACUGUCUGGCUCAGUGGUCUGUAGUCAUGACCUACUGUCUGGCUCAGUGGUCUGUAGUCAUGACCUACUGUCUGGCUCAGUGGGCUGUAGUCAUGGCCUACUGUCUGGCUCAGUGGUCUGUAGUCAUGACCUACUGUCUGGCUCAGUGGUCUGUAGUCAUGACCUACUGUCUGGCUCAGUGGGCUGUAGUCAUGACCAGUCUCUGGCUCAGUGGUCUGUAGUCAUGGCCAGUCUCUGGCUCAGUGGUCUGUAGUCAUGACCUACUGUCUGGCUCAGUGGUCUGUAGUCAUGGCCUACUGUCUGGCUCAGUGGGCUGUAGGACCCCUGGCUCAGUGUCUAUCAUGACCUACGUCUGGCUCAGUGGUCUGUAGUCAUGGACCUACUGUCUGGCUCAGUGGGCUGUAGUCAUGGCCUACUGUCUGGCUCAGUGGGCUGUAGUCAUGGCCUACUGUCUGCUCAGUGGGCUGUAGUCAUGGCCUACUGUCUGGCUCAGUGGGCUGUAGUCAUGGCCUACUGUCUGGCUCAGUGGGCUGUAGUCAUGGCCUACUGUCUGGCUCAGUGGGCUGUAGUCAUGGCCUACUGUCUGGCUCAGUGGGCUGUAGUCAUGGCCUACUGUCUGGCUCAGUGGGCUGUAGUCAUGGCCUACUGUCUGGCUCAGUGGGCUGUAGUCAUGGCCUACUGUCUGGCUCAGUGGGCUGUAGUCAUGGCCUACUGUCUGGCUCAGUGGGCUGUAGUCAUGGCCUACUGUCUGGCUCAGUGGGCUGUAGUCAUGGACCUACUGUCUGGCUCAGUGGGCUGUAGUCAUGGCCUACUGUCUGGCUCAGUGGGCUGUAGUCAUGGCCUACUGUCUGGCUCAGUGGGCUGUAGUCAUGACCAGGCGCAAUUAUUAAAAAAUGGAAGAAGUUCAAGAUGACGGUCAAUCACCCUCGGUCUGGGGCUCCAUGCAAGAUCUCACCUCGUGGGGCAUCAAUGAUCAUGAGGAAGGUGAGGGAUCAGCCCAGAACUACACGGCAGGACCUGGUCAAUGACCUGAAGAGAACUGGGACCACAGUCUCAAAGAAAACCAUUAGUAAACACACUACGCCGUCAUGGAUUAAAUCCUGCAGCGCACGCAAGGUCCCCCUGCUCAAGCCAGCGCAUGUCCAGGCCCGUCUGAACUUUGCCAAUGACCAUCUGGAUGAUCAAGAGGAGGAAUGGGAGAAGGUAAUGUGGUCUGAUGAGACAAAAAUAGAGCUUUUUGGUCUAAACUCCACUCGCCGUGUUUGGAGGAAGAAGAAGGAUAAGUACAACCCCAAGAACACCAUCCCAACCGUGAAGCAUGGAGGUGGAAACAUCAUUCUUUGGGGAUGCUUUUCUGCAAAGGGGACAGGACGACUGCACCGUAUUGAGGGGAGGAUGGAUGGGGCCAUGUAUCGCGAGAUCUUGGCCAACAACCUCCUUCCCUCAGUAAGAGCAUUGAAGAUGGGUCGUGGCUGGGUCUUCCAGCAUGACAACGACCCGAAACACACAGCCAGGGCAACUAAGGAGUGGCUCCGUAAGAUGCAUCUCAAGGUCCUGGAGUGGCCUAGCCAGUCUCCAGACCUGAACCCAAUAGAAAAUCUUUGGAGGGAGCUGAAAGUCUGUAUUGCCCAGCGACAGCCCCGAAACCUGAAGGAUCUGGAGAAGGUCUGUAUGGAGGAGUGGGCCAAAAUCCCUGCUGCAGUGUGUGCAAACCUGGUCAAGACCUACAGGAAACGUAUGAUCUCUGUAAUUGCAAAAAAAGGUUUCUGUACCAAAUAUUAAGUUCUGCUUUUCUGAUGUAUCAAAUAAUUAUGUCAUGCAAUAAAAUGCAAAUUAAUUACUUAAAAAUCAUACAAUGUGAUUUUCUGGAUUGUUGUUUUAGAUUCCGUCUCUCACAGUUGAAGUGUACCUAUGAUAAAAAUUACAGACCUCUACAUGCUUUGUAAGUAGGAAAACCUGCAAAAUCGGCAGUGCAUCAAAUACUUGUUCUCCCCACUGUAUAUAUACAGUGGGGGAAAAAAGUAUUUAGUCAGCCACCAAUUGUGCAAGUUCUCCCACUUAAAAAGAUGAGAGAGGCCUGUACUUUUCAUCAUAGGUACACAUCAACUAGGACAGACAAAUUGAGAAAAAAAAAUCCAGAAAAUCACAUUGUAGGAUUUUUUAUGAAUUUAUUUGCAAAUUAUGGUGGAAAAUAAGUAUUUGGUCACCUACAAACAAGCAAGAUUUCUGGCUCUCACAGACCUGUAACUUCUUCUUUAAGAGGCUCCUCUGUCCUCCACUCGUUACCUGUAUUAAUGGCACCUGUUUGAACUUGUUAUCAGUAUAAAAGACACCUGUCCACAACCUCAAACAGUCACACUCCAAACUCCACUAUGGCCAAGACCAAAGAGCUGUCAAAGGACACCAGAAACAAAAUUGUAGACCUGCACCAGGCUGGGAAGACUGAAUCUGCAAUAGGUAAGCAGCUUGGUUUGAAGAAAUCAACUGUGGGAGCAAUUAUUAGGAAUGGAAGACAUACAAGACCACUGAUAAUCUCCCUCGAUCUGGGGCUCCACGCAAGAUCUCACCCCGUGGGGUCAAAAUGAUCACAAGAACGGUGAGCAAAAAUCCCAGAACCACACGGGGGGACCUAGUGAAUGACCUGCAGAGAGCUGGGACCAAAGUAACAAAGCCUACCAUCAGUAACACACUACGCCGCCAGGGACUCAAAUCCUGCAGUGCCAGACGUGUCCCCCUGCUUAAGCCAGUACAUGUCCAGGCCCGUCUGAAGUUUUGCUAGAGUGCAUUUGGAUGAUCCAGAAGAGGAUUGGGAGAAUGUCAUAUGGUCAGAUGAAACCAAAAUAUAACUUUUUGGUAAAAACUCAACUUGUCGUGUUUGGAGGACAAAGAAUGCUGAGUUGCAUCCAAAGAACACCAUACCUACUGUGAAGCAUGGGGGUGGAAACAUCAUGCUUUGGGGCUGUUUUUCUGCAAAGGGACCAGGACGACUGAUCCGUGUAAAGGAAAGAAUGAAUGGGGCCAUGUAUCGUGAUAUUUUGAGUGAAAACCUCCUUCCAUCAGCAAGGGCAUUGAAGAUGAAACGUGGCUGGGUCUUUCAGCAUGACAAUGAUACCAAAUACUUAUUUUCCACCAUAGUUUGCAAAUAAAUUCAUAAAAAAUCCUACAAUGUGAUUUUCUGGGAAAAAAAACCUCAAUUUGUCUGUCAUAGUUGAUGUGUACCUAUGAUGAAAAUUACAGGCCUCUCUCAUCUUUUUAAGUGGGAGAACUUGCACAAUUGGUGGCUGACUAAAUUCUUUUUUCCCCCACUGUAUAUGUAUUCACUAACUGUAAGUCGCUCUGGAUAAGAGCGUCUGCUAAAUGACUAAAAUGUACAUGUAAAUGUAAAUGUAAGAAGCUGUGUUAAACUGUUAAGGUGAUAAGAAGCUGUUUCUAUUCCAGCAACAUCCAGCAGUUCAGCUGUUAUUUCAAGGAGCUGCCAGCGGUGGCGCUGCGGAGCGGGAAGACUGCAGGGCGGAGGAUGUACCACACCCGCAGCCAGGGAGACACCAGUGUGUAAGGUCUUACGUGUGUUUGCAGGGCCUGAAGCUAACUUUUUGGUCCACCAGCCAAAAUGUUACAAGCCAAAACAAAACAUUUACACAAAAAAAACAUAACAGUUGAGCAUGCUUUGUUUCUAAAACAAUAAAUGUAUUACUAUUAAAAAGUAAUAUUGCUCAAUUUCUUUUAACCAAAACAUCACAGAUGAGACAAAUGUUCAGCUGCCCCUUUAAGGGCUGGAAGUUACCGUGGUAACAGGGCCACUAGAGUCAUGUGCCUGUGUGAUUGAGUCCGACCAGCAGCUGUUCUCUUCCCUAGCAGUUGAUAUUCAGACGUUGAAAAGCAACCUAGCUUGUGAACAAAAUCUAAAUAGCCAAGAAACAUGAGGACAAAGUCUCACUUUUAGUAGACUUUCGUUUAGAUUAAAUUAGACCAAUUUUUAUGCCUGAAAAUGAAUCUCUCACUCAGCGCUUAACUCGGUGUGCGCAGCGCUUCUAAAAAUGAAUCUCUCACUCAGCGCUUAACUCCGUGUGCGCAGCCCCCAGCCAGACAGUGAUGCAGCGCCAGGUGGGAUAUAGUUAUUUGUGCGAUUCAUUUACCAGCUAUGAAACAAAAUGGCAGAAAUACUUUGAAAACCGCUACUGCAGCAUUUAUUUAGCUAUAAAUGUGAUCUUACUUCAUUAUUGUAUGAAACGCUCCCACUGUUGUCCCCUGAAAUGGACAUCUUACCCGCCAAUGCCAAAAUGUACCCGCAUGUGAGAGUCACAAAUACACCAUAUGGCUAGGCGGUAUGACCAAAUAUCAUAUCACGGUAUAAGAAAUAAAUAUUUCACAGUAAUUUACAGGCCUAUUUUAACCAAAUGUUGCAAUUGUGAUUUAGAGCAAAACUCUUGGGUGAACUGUUAGAAUCAUGGAAAUAGAAUGAUUGUUCUGCUUAUAAUAUAAUUGUUCUGCUUCUAUAGUUAGAAUAUAAUAGUGGCCAUUUUGAAUACAGUGUUUGACAUGACAACGAAUGAAAAUGCAAGGGAGGAUUUAUUGUGACACGGUAGGAACCAAAGUGUUGAUAAGCGUUUCUUAGGGGACCCUAUAACCUUUGGCUACAUUGAAUGUUUUCUCUUAGCUUUUUAAUGUAGCUAACAUAUUCUUGCUUGGCGUAUUUCUCUUUGAUUUAGAGGAUACUGUUGCACAAACAACAUGCUGAUUUAGGUCUACAUUUUCCAGAUAACAAAGACCUAAAGAGUCUGAGCUGAGUAGAAAGCAGCAUGGAGAGAGAUGAGGACAUUACAUACAGCGUAUCCCAUUUAACAAACCAAACAUCAAAAUACCUUUUUAUAGAAGGUAAAGUAAAACCCAAACCGCUCCGUGCAUCAAUACCAGUAUAUGGUAAAAUACGGUAUACCGCUCAGCCCUAAUACAACAGCAUUACUUUAAACAAAAACAACAACAAAUCCAAUAAAAAUACAUUACCAAGACUACCUUGGCGGGCCACAUAAAAUCAGCUUGCCGGCCAGAUUUGGCCCGCCAGCCGCCAGUUGAAGACCCUCUGGUUUAGAGUUAGUCAGCAGCUCAGAAGAUGUUUUAACUGAAGGAGUUGUGCUGUUGAAGGUGCCUGGUAUUGACAGUAGUCCUAUGUUUGUCUGUUGAAGGUGCCUGGUAUUGACAGUAGUCCUAUGUUUGUCUCUGUUUCCCAGGUCCUUGGUGAAGGAGUUGUGCUGUUGAAGGUGCCUGGUAUUGACAGUAGUCCUAUGUUUGUCUCUGUUUCCCAGGUCCUUGGUGGAGGAGUUGUGCUGUUGAAGGUGCCUGGUAUUGACAGUAGUCCUAUGUUUGUCUGUUGAAGGUGCCUGGUAUUGACAGUAGUCCUAUGUUUGUCUCUGUUUCCCAGGUCCUUGGUGGAGGUGUUGUGCUGUUGAAGGUGCCUGGUAUUGACAGUAGUCCUAUGUUUGUCUCUGUUUCCCAGGUCCUUGGUGGAGGUGUUGUGCUGUUGAAGGUGCCUGGUAUUGACAGUAGUCCUAUGUUUGUCUCUGUUUCCCAGGUCCUUGGUGGAGGAGUUGUGCUGUUGAAGGUGCCUGGUAUUGACAGUAGUCCUAUGUUUGUCUCUGUUUCCCAGGUCCUUGGUGGAGGAGUUGAGGAAGACCCUGUGUUAUCUGUGGCAUGGUGGCCCAACAGCCUUCAGCCCAGACUCUUUAUUCUACGUUAUCUGGAAAAUCAUGCCCAGCUUCAGGUACUUUGACAGACAUGUCUGCUCAAUUUGGUUUUUCCCCUCUGAUUUAAAGUUGGGAUCUGGGCCCGUAUCCAUAACGCAUCUCGGAGUAGGAGAACUGAUCUACGAUCAGUUUGGCCUUUCAGAUCAUAUGAUAUGAUUUUAAAUGGACAGGUUGGGUCCUGAUCCUAAAUCGACACUUACUCGGAGACUCUUUGUGGCAGUGUUGUAGUACUUGAGACCGAAAAUUGAGUGUCACGUCUCGAUGUCGGAUACAUUUUUAUUCUCGGACAUUGAGGACUCGUCAUUUCUUCCCGAGACCAGUGGAGUAAAAACCUCUUUCAGCUCCUAUUCAGUCAGCGCAAUAGUCAGCCAAAUACUCCUUUCAUGAUACAUCUUAUCGUCUAUUGAAAACCUGAGCGUCCUACUUGUAGCAUUACUGUCCUUUACUUUGGUUGAAAAAUAUCCUCAGACUUUGUCGCACUCGUCAGAACUUUGUGAAUUGGCUGGUAGGGAAGAGUGUCUUAUUACCUCUGUUGAGUCUUUAUCUACUAUAGAUCUGUUAGUGUCAUUUGCACUGGCUGUAUCUGCCCUCAGCAUGCGUUUUAUCACCGUUCUGAAUGUCUGAAGCAGCCUUAACGUAUGGGUCACAGACGUGUUAAACACAUCAUUAGGAGCUCAGUCAAAAUACAGUGCAUUCGGGAACUACAGAGGACCAUGUUCUACUAACUGAACUACAGAGGACCAUGUUCUACUAACUGAACUACAGAGGAUCAUGUUCUACUAACUGAACUACAGAGGACCAUGUUCUACUAACUGAACUACAGAGGACCAUGCUCUACUAACUGAACUACAGAGGACCAUGUUCUACCAACUGAACUACAGAGGACCAUGCUCUACUAACUGAACUACAGAGGACCAUGCUCUACUAACUGAACUACAGAGGACCAUGUUCUACUAACUGAACUACAGAGGACCAUGCUCUACUAACUGAACUACAGAGGACCAUGUUCUACUAACUGAACUACAGAGGACCAUGUUCUACUAACUGAACUACAGAGGACCAUGUUCUACUAACUGAACUACAGAGGACCAUGCUCUACUAACUGAACUACAGAGGACAAUGUUCUACUAACUGAACUACAGAGGACCAUGCUCUACCAACUGAACUACAGAGGACCAUGCUCUACUAACUGAACUACAGAGGACCAUGCUCUACUAACUACAGAGGACCAUGCUCUACUAACUGAACUACAGAGGACCAUGUUCUACUAACUGAACUACAGAGGACCAUGUUCUACUAACUGAACUACAGAGGACCAUGUUCUACCAACUGAAACUACAGAGGACCAUGCUCUACUAACUGAACUACAGAGGACCAUGCUCUACUAACUGAACUACAGAGGACCAUGUUCUACUAACUGAACUACAGAGGACCAUGCUCUACUAACUACAGAGGACCAUGCUCUACUAACUGAACUACAGAGGACCAUGCUCUACUAACUGAACUACAGAGGGACCAUGUUCUACCAACUGAACUACAGAGGACCAUGCUCUACUAACUGAACUACAGAGGACCAUGUUCUACUAACUGAACUACAGAGGACCAUGCUCUACUAACUACAGAGGACCAUGCUCUACUAACUGAACUACAGAGGACCAUGCUCUACUAACUGAACUACAGAGGACCAUGUUCUACUAACUGAACUACAGAGGACCAUGUUCUACCAACUGAACUACAGAGGACCAUGCUCUACUAACUGAACUACAGAGGACCAUGCUCUACUAACUGAACUACAGAGGACCAUGCUCUACUAACUGAACUACAGAGGACCAUGCUCUACUAACUGAACUACAGAGGACCAUGCUCUACUAACUGAAGUACAGAGCACCAUGUUCUACUAACUGAACUACAGAGGACCAUGCUCUACUAACUGAACUACAGAGGACCAUGUUCUACUAACUGAACUACAGAGGACCAUGCUCUACUAACUGAACUACAGAGGACCAUGUUCUACUAACUGAACUACAGAGGACCAUGUUCUACUAACUGAACUACAGAGGACCAUGCUCUACUAACUGAACUACAGAGGACAAUGUUCUACUAACUGAACUACAGAGGACCAUGCUCUACCAACUGAACUACAGAGGACCAUGCUCUACUAACUGAACUACAGAGGACCAUGCUCUACAAACUGAACUACAGAGGACCAUGCUCUACUAACUGAACUACAGAGGACCAUGUUCUACUAACUGAACUACAGAGGACCAUGUUCUACUAACUGAACUACAGAGGACCAUGUUCUACUAACUGAACUACAGAGGACCAUGCUCUACUAACUGAACUACAGAGGACCAUGCUCUACUAACUGAACUACAGAGGACCAUGCUCUACUAACUGAACUACAGAGGACCAUGCUCUACUAACUGAACUACAGAGCACCAUGUUCUACUAACCGAACUACAGAGGACCAUGUUCUACUAACUGAACUACAGAGGACCAUGUUCUACUAACUUUACUUCAGAGGACCAUGCUCUACUAACUGAACUACAGAGGACCAUGUUCUACUAACUGAACUACAGAGGACCAUGCUCUACUAACUGAACUACAGAGGAUCAUGCUCUACUAACUGAACUACAGAGGACCAUGUUCUACUAACUGAACUACAGAGGACCAUGUUCUACUAACUGAACUACAGAGGACCAUGUUCUACUAACUGAACUACAGAGGACCAUGUUCUACUAACUGAACUACAGAGGACCAUGCUCUACUAACUGAACUACAUAGGACCAUGCUCUAUUAACUGAACUACAGAGGACCGUGCUCUACUAACUGAACUACAUAGGACCAUGCUCUAUUAACUGAACUACAGAGGACCGUGCUCUACUAACUGAACUACAGAGGACCAUGUUCUACUAACUACAGAGGACCAUGUUCUACUAACUGAACUACAGAGGACCAUGCUCUACUAACUACAGAGGACCAUGCUCUACUAACUGAACUACAGAGGACCAUGUUCUACUAACUGAACUACAGAGGACCAUGUUUUACUAACUGAACUACAGAGGACCAUGCUCUACUAACUACAGAGGACCAUGCUCUACUAACUACAGAGGACCAUGCUCUACUAACUGAACUACAGAGGACUAUGCUCUACUAACUGAACUACAGAGGACCAUGCUCUACUAACUGAACUACAGAGGACCAUGCUCUACUAACUUCAGAGGACCAUGCUCUACUAACUGAACUACAGAGGACCAUGUUCUACUAACUGAACUACAGAGGACCAUGCUCUACUAACUGAACUACAGAGGACCAUGUUCUACUAACUGAACUACAGAGGACCAUGUUCUACUAACUGAACUACAGAGGACCAUGUUCUACUAACUGAACUACAGAGGACCAUGUUCUACUAACUGAACUAGAGAGGACCAUGUUCUACUAACUGAACUACAGAGGACCAUGUUCUACUAACUGAACUACAGAGGACCAUGUUCUACUAACUGAUCUACAGAGGACCAUGUUCUACUAACUGAACUACAGAGGACCAUGUUCUACUAACUGAACUACAGAGGACCAUGCUCUACUAACUGAACUACAGAGGACCAUGUUCUACUAACUGAACUACAGAGGACCAUGCUCUACUAACUACAGAGGACCAUGCUCUACUAACUGAACUACAGAGGACCAUGUUUUACUAACUGAACUACAGAGGACCAUGUUUUACUAACUGAACUACAGAGGACCAUGCUCUACUAACUACAGAGGACCAUGCUCUACUAACUACAGAGAACCAUGCUCUACUAACUGAACUACAGAGGACCAUGCUCUACUAACUGAACUACAGAGGACCAUGCUCUACUAACUGAACUACAGAGGACCAUGCUCUACUAACUGAACUACAGAGGACCAUGCUCUACUAACUGAACUACAGAGGACCAUGCUCUACUAACUGAACUACAGAGGACCAUGCUCUACUAACUGAACUACAGAGCACCAUGUUCUACUAACCGAACUACAGAGGACCAUGUUCUACUAACUGAACUACAGAGGACCAUGCUCUACUAACUUUACUUCAGAGGACCAUGCUCUACUAACUGAACUACAGAGGACCAUGUUCUACUAACUGAACUACAGAGGACCAUGCUCUACUAACUUUACUUCAGAGGACCAUGCUCUACUAACUGAACUACAGAGGACCAUGUUCUACUAACUGAACUACAGAGGACCAUGCUCUACUAACUGAACUACAGAGGACCAUGUUCUACUAACUGAACUACAGAGGACCAUGUUCUACUAACUGAACUAGAGAGGACCAUGUUCUACUAACUGAACUACAGAGGACCAUGUUCUACUAACUGAACUGCAGAGGACCAUGUUCUACUAACUGAUCUACAGAGGACCAUGUUCUACUAACUGAACUACAGAGGACCAUGUUCUACUAACUGAACUACAGAGGACCAUGCUCUACUAACUGAACUACAGAGGACCAUGCUCUACUAACUGAACUACAGAGGACCAUGCUCUACUAACUGAACUACAGAGGACCAUGCUCUACUAACUUGACUACAGAGGACCAUGCUCUACUAACUGAACUACAGAGGACCAUGCUCUACUAACUGAACUAGAGAGGACCAUGUUCUACUAACUGAACUACAGAGGACCAUGCUCUACUAACUGAACUACAGAGGACCAUGUUCUACUAACUGAACUACAGAGGACCAUGCUCUACUAACUGAGCUACAGAGGACCAUGUUCUACUAACUGAACUACAGAGGACCAUGUUCUACUAACUGAACUACAGAGGACCAUGUUCUACUAACUGAACUACAGAGGACCAUGUUCUACUAACUGAACUACAGAGGACCAUGUUCUACUAACUGAACUACAGAGGACCACUCAUUUUAAUGUAGAAUAGUAACCAGUUAUAGGUAACCAUUUCAUAAUGUGGGAUAACCAUUUCAUAACGUGGGGUAACCAUUUCAUAACGUGGGGUAACCAUUUCAUAACGUGGGGUAACCAUUUCAUAACGUGGGGUAACUAUUUCAUAACGUGGGGUAACCAUUUCAUAACGUGGGGUAACCAUUUCAUAACGUGGGGUAACCAUUUCAUAACGUGGGGUAACUAUUUCAUAACGUGGGGUAACCAUUUCAUAACGUGGGGUAACCAUUUCAUAACGUGGGGUAACCAUUUCAUAACGUGGGGUAAUCAUUUCAUAAUGUGGGGUAACCAUUUCAUAACGUGGGGUAACCAUUUCAUAACGUGGGGUAACCAUUUCAUAACGUGGGGUAACCAUUUCAUAACGUGGGGUAACCAUUUCAUAACGUGGGGUAACCAUUUCAUAACGUGGGGUAACCAUUUCAUAACGUGGGGUAACCAUUUCAUAACGUAGGGUAACCAUUUCAUAACGUGGGGUAACCCUUUCAUAACGUGGGGUAACCAUUUCAUAACGGGUACUUAAGUGGGGUAACCAUUUCAUAACGUGGGGUAACCAUUUCAUAACGUGGGGUAACCAUUCAUAUCGUGGGGUAACCAUUUCAUAUCGUGGGGUAACCAUUUCAUAACGUGGGGUAACCAUUUCAUAACGUGGGGUAACCCUUUUCAUAACGUGGGGUAACCCUUUCAUAACGUGGGGUAACCAUUUCAUAACGUGGGGGUAACCAUUUCAUAACGUGGGGGAACCAUUUCAUACGUGGGGUAACCAUUUCAUAUCGUGGGGUAACCAUUUCAUAUCGUGGGGUAACCAUUUCAUAACGUGGGGUAACCCUUUCAUAACGCGGGGUAACCCUUUCAUAACGUGGGGUAACCCUUUCAUAACGCGGGGUAACCCUUUCAUAACGCGGGGUAACCCUUUCAUAACGCGGGGUAACCCUUUCAUAACGCGGGGUAACCCUUUCAUAACGCGGGGUAACCCUUUCAUAACGCGGGGUAACCCUUUCAUAACGCAGGGUAACCCUUUCAUAACGCGGGGUAACCCUUUCAUAACGCGGGGUAACCAUUUCAUAACCUGGGGUAACCAUUUCAUAACGCGGGGUAACCAUUUCAUAACGUGGGGUAACCAUUUCAUAACGUGGGGUAACCAUUUCAUAACGUGGGGUAACCAUUUCAUAACGUGGGGUAACCAUUUCAUAACGUGGGGUAACCAUUUCAUGGUUGUGCAUCAGCAGUUUUUCUCUUGUCAGUCACUGCCAGUCAGUCCAUUAGCCAUGUCGGCUAACACUUUUUAAAUGAGUAAAUUGGUCUGAAACUUGUCUUGGUCUUGAAUCGGUCUUGCUUUAGGUGGUCUCGAACACCGCUGAUGCUAGACAUGUAACUCAGUGGCCUCUGAAAUGUCUGACACACAUAACACCAUGUUGAUGUGCUGACCCUGUGUCAUGUCUGACCGUUACAUUGAUGUCUUAAUCCUGUUACCCAGUAACCCUGUUGUGUCCUAACCCUGUUACAGUAACCCUGUUGUGUCCUAACCCUGUUGUGUAACCCUGUUGUGUCCUAACCCCGUUACAGUAACCCUGUUGUGUCCUAACCCUGUUGUGUAACCCUGUUGUGUCCUAACCCCGUUACAGUAACCCUGUUGUGUCCAAAACCCGUUGUGUUAACCUGUUGUGUCCUAACCUGUUGGUAACCUGUUGUGUGUCCUAACCCUGUUGUGUAACCUGUUGUGUCCAAACCCCCGUUACAGUAACCCUGUUGUGUCCUAACCCUGUUGUGUAACCCUGUUGUGUCUAACCCGUUACAAGUAACCAACCUGUUACAGAAACCCCUGUGUGCUAACCCUGUUGGAAAACCCUGUUGUGUCCUAACCCUGUUACAGUAACCCCGUUGUGUAACCCUGUUGUGUCCUAACCCUGUUACAGUAACCCUGUUGUGUCCUAACCCUGUUGCAGUAACCCUGUUGUGUCCUAACCCUGUUACAGUAACCCUGUUGUGUAACCCUGUUGUGUCCUCCCGGGUGCUAACCCGCAGUACUCUGGUUCCUCCCCGGUACCUGUUGGCCAAUCCCCGAAGUAACCGUUACAGACCCCUUUCCAAAACCCGGAAUGUUUGCCCAAAGUUUAACCCAGGCCAACCCUUUUGCCCCCCGUGGGUCCUCCCCUGGACGGGGUGAAACUACCCACCACAGGGGGCAAAUGCUGCAUGUAAGAUCACUUCCUUUCUACUCUGAUUAGAAAGUAGUGUCUGUCUGGUGUUUCCAUGUACAGGGGCCAUUGGCCGGCCAUUGCGUCUGGAUUUCAGGUAGAAUACAACAGUUGAGAAGCUGCACCCUGAAGUAUAUUUAACACAGCAGGUGGCUUAGGGGACAGACAAGGCCAUACUCAAACAUUUUACGAGGUGACAGUACAGAAUGUCACCUUUUAUUUUUAGGGUAUUUUCAUAUCUGUUUUACCGUUUAGAAAUGAAGUUACUUUGUUUUUAGUCCCCCCGAUUUAAACGUGUCUCUAAGUAUUUGGACAAAUUCACUUAGUGUAUUAAAGUAGUCAAAAGUUUAGUAUUUGGUCCCAUAUUCCUAGGACGCAAUGACUACAUCAGGCUUCUGACUCUGAAUGUCCUCUUUUUUUUAGGGAUUUCUUCUGUUUUUAAAAAAGAAGUUUUUUGGUUUUGCCCUCCUUUAUUUACCGUUUGGUUCCCUGUGUAAAGUGGUGUUUGAUUUUGGUCCCUUUCCUUGGAGAAUUGGUCUGGGUUUUUGGGGCCCUUUUUCUCUGUGGUGAGAGUUGGUGCUCUGCUCUUUAGGUACGCUUGUCUCUGUGGUGAGAGUUGGUGCUCUGCUCUUUAGGGACGCUUGUCUCUGUGGUGAGAGUUGGUGCUCUGCUCUUUAGGUACGCUUGUCUCUGUGGUGAGAGUUGGUGCUCUGCUCUUUAGGUACGCUUGUCUCUGUGGUGAGAGUUGGUGCUCUGCUCUUUAGGUACGCUUGUCUCUGUGGUGAGAGUUGGUGCUCUGCUCUUUAGGACGCUUGGGGUUCUGUGGUGAGAGUUGGUGCUCUGCUCUUUAGGUACGCUUGUCUCUUGGUGAGAGUUGGUGCUCUGCUCUUUAGGGACGCUUGUCUCUGGGUGAGAGUUGGUGGCUCUGCUCUUUAGGUACGCUUGUCUCUGUGGUGAGAGUUGGUGCUCUGCUCUUUAGGUACGCUUGUCUCUGUGGUGAGAUUUGGGUUUGCCCCGCUCUUUAGGUAGCUUGUCUCUGUGGGAGUUGGUGCUCGCUCUUUGGGGAGCUUGUCUCUGUGGUGAGAGUUGGUGCUUCCCUCUUUAGGUACGCUUGUCUCUGUGGUGAGAGUGGUGCUCGCUCUUUAGGUACCGUUGUCUCUGGUGAGAUUUGGUGCUCUGCUCUUUAGGUACGCUGUUCUGGUGAGAGUUGGUGCUCUGCUCUUAGGUACGCUUGUCUCUGGUGGGGAGUUGGUGUCGCUCUUUUAGGUACGCUUGUCUCUGGUGGAGAGUUGGUGCUCUGCUCUUUAGGGAUGCUUGUCUCUGUGGUGAGAGUUGGUGCUCUGCUCUUUAGGUACGCUUGUCUCUGUGGUGAGAGUUGGUGCUCCGCUCUUUAGGGAGGCUUGUCUCUGUGGUGAGAGUUGGUGCUCUGCUCUUUAGGUACGCUUGUCUCUGUGGUGAGAGUUGGUGCUCUGCUCUUUAGGGACGCUUGUCUCUGUGGUGAGAGUUGGUGCUCUGCUCUUUAGGUACGCUUGUCUCUGUGGUGAGAGUUGGUGCUCUGCUCUUUAGGCUACGCUUGUCUCUGGUGGUGAGAGUGGUGCUGCUCUUAGGGACGGGCUUGUGGUGGGUUGGUGUGCUUGCUUUAGGUCCGCUGUCUCGUGGUGAGAGUUGGUGCUCUGGCUCUUUAGGUAAGAUUUGUCUCUGUGGUGAGAGUUGGUGCUCUGCUCUUUAGGACGCUGUCUCUGGUGGUGGAGUGGUGCUAUGCUCUUUAGGGAUGCUUGUCCCUCUGGUUGUGAUGAGUUGUGGUGCUCUGUCUCUUUUAGGGUACGCUUUGGUUCUCUGUGGUGAGAGUUGGUGAUCCUGCUCUUUAGGGGACGCCUUGUCUCUGUGGUGGAGGUUGGUGCUCUGCCUCUUUAGGUUACGCUUGUCUCUGUGGUGAGAGUUGGUGCUCUGCUCUUUAGGUACGCUGUCUCGUGGUGAGAGUUGGUGCUUGUCUUUGGGAACGCUUGUCUCUGUGGUGAGAGUUGGUGCCUCUGCUCUUUAGGGAGUUUUUCUCUUGGUGAGAGUGGUGCUCUGCCUUUAGGACGUUGUCUCUGUGGUGGAGAGUUGGUGUCGCUUUUUGGGGAAAGCUGUCUCUGUGGUGAGAGUUGGUGCUUGCUCUUUAGGGAGGCUUGUCUCUGUGGUGAGAGUUGGUUGCUCUGCUCUUUAGGAAAGCUUGUCUCUGUGGUGAGAGUUGGUGCUCUGCUCUUUAGGCCCUACCGGGGAGGGUUGGUCUUUUUUUUGGGGGAUCCUUUUGUGAGAGUUGGGUGUUUUUAAAACGGCUGUCUUGGGUGGAUUGGGUUUUUUGGGAGUUGCUCGGGGGUGGAUGGUUGCUCUGUUGGGCUGUUUGUGUAGAGUGGUGCUGUUUUGGUCGCUGUUUGGGUGAUAGGGUGCUGGGCUUUGGGUAACAGGGCAGGGCUUGUAGAAUACAUUGUCAUCUGUGAGCUGUUGAAACAGGCACUGCUUAAAUUUGGGUUUUGUUGACGGUGCUAUUGGGGUUGGUAAAUGAUAGCCUGCUGAUUGGGUGUUUAGAAUGAUAAGCUGCGAUUGGGCGGGUUUUAGAAUGAUCAGGCUGCUGAUGGGCUUUUGUAGAAUGAUCAGGCUGCUGAUUGGGCUGUGUGUAGGGGGAAUGAUCAGGCUGCUGAUUGGGCUGUGUAGAAUGAUCAGGCUGCUGAUUGGGCUGUGUAGAAUGAUCCGGCUGCUGAUUGGGCUGUGUAGAAUGAUCAGCCGCUGUUUGGGGUGUGUAAGAAUGAUUCAUGCUGCUGAUUGGCUGUGUAGAAUGAUCAGGCUGUGAUUGGGCGUGUUUGUAGAAUGAUCAUGUUGCUGAUUGGGCUGUGUAGAAUGAUCAGGCUGCUGAUUGGGCUGGUAGAAUGAUCAGGCUGCUGAUUGGGCUGUUGUAGAAUGAUCCGGCUGCUGAUUGGGCUGUGUAGAAUGAUCAGGCUGCUGAUUGGGCUGUGUAGAAUGAUCAUGCUGCUGAUUGGGCUGUGUAGAAUGAUCAGGCUGCUGAUUGGGCUGUGUAGAAUGAUCAUGCUGCUGAUUGGGCUGUGUAGAAUGAUCAGGCUGCUGAUUGGGCUGUGUAGAAUGAUCAGGCUGUGUUUGGGCUGUGUUAGAAUGAUCCGGUCGACUUCGAUUGGGCUGUUGUGAAUGAUCAGGCUGCUGAUUGGGCUGGUAGAAUGAUCAUGCUGCUGAUUGGGCUGUGUAGAAUGAUCAGGCUCAAAUUGGGCGGAGAAUGAUCGCGCGAUUGGGCUGGGUAGAAGAUCAGGCUGCUGAGGGCUGUUUUAGAAUGAUCAGGCGCUGAUUGGCCGUGAAAUGAUGCCGCUGACGAGGGAGUGGGAAGACAGCUGCUGAUGGGCUUGUAGAAUACCGCGUUUGAGGGGGAGAAGAUCCGCUACUGAGGGCGUUAGAAUGAUCACUGUGAUUGGGCUUGUAGAAUGAUCACCUGCUGAUUGGGCUGUAAAUGAUAAAGGCGCGGCGGAGAUGACCGAAGCCGGCGAGAGAGGGGAAAAAGGACGUUUAAACAUCAGAAGAAAGGGAACAGACUACACGACACACUACACUACAAACGAAGACGAAAACGACAAACAUACGACGAACUACUAGGACGAACUAUCAACUAAGACACGACGACGACGACAAAAUAACGACGACUAGACUAAAAACGAAUACUACUACUAACUAUACAACCAAACUACUACUAGAUUAAUACGUACAACUAUAUACUACACACUACAUUUAACACCUAAUUACUAUUUACAUACUAAGUAAUACAUCCCAAAAGAAAAGUAUAUAAGAUAUACUACUACCUACUACGAUUGUACUACUAUUCUACUACUACUAUUCCCUACACUAAUACUGAAAUAUACUAUUCCUACUAUACUAAUACACAAAUUGUACUUACAUACUGACUACGUAUACUAACAACUACUAUACUACUCAAUACUAAUACUCACUAUAUAUAAUUUUAAUACUACCUACUUAAUAAUCUAUACUACUACUAACUAAACUAUAAUACUACAUUAUAUACUUCUACGUACUAUACUAAUACUACACUACUACAUACUACUCUAUUUACUACUACUAUACUACUACUACUAUACUACUAUUAUUUACUUUACUACAACUACUACUAAACUGCUGUACCAACUUGUGAGGACUGUUUGCUGAGGGGUACUCUGAAGUGUACUAUGUCCCCUGCCCUCCAGAUUGAAGUGUACUAUGUCCCUGCCCUCAGAUUGAACUGUAGUAUGUCCCCUGCCCCCCAGAAUCUGAAGUGUCUAUGUCCUGCCUCCAGAUCUGAAGUGAAUAUGUCCCCCUUUCCAAGAUCUGAAGGUACUAUGUCCCUGCCUCCAGAUCUGAAGUGUACUAUGUCCCCUCGCCCUCCAGAUCUGAAGUGUACUAUGUCCCUGCCCUCCAGAUCUGAAGUGUACUAUGUCCCCUGCCCCCCAGAUCUAAAGGGUUGUACUAUGUCCCCUGCCCUCCAGAUUGAAGUGUACUAUGUCCCCCUGCCCUCCAGAUUGAAGUGUACUAUGUCCCCGGGCCCUCCAGAUCUGAGUGUACUAUGUCCCCUCCCCCUCCAGAUCUGAAGUGUACUAGGGUCCCCUUGCCCUCCAGAUCUGAAGUGUACUAUGUCCCCUGCCCUCCAGAUCUGAAGUGUACUAUGUCCCCUGCCCUCCAGAUCUGAAGUGUACUAUGUCCCCUGCCCUCCAGAUCUGAAGUGUACUAUGUCCCCUGCCCUCCAGAUCUGAAGUGUACUAUGUCCCCUGCCUCCAAUUGAAGUGUACUAUGUCCCCUGCCUCCAGAUUGAAGUGUACUAUGUCCCCUGCCCUCCAGAUCUGAAGUUUUACUAUGUCCCUGCCCUCCAGAUCUGAAGUGUACUAUGUCCCCUGCCCUCCAGAUCUGAAGUGUACUAUGUCCCCUGCCCUCCAGAUCUGAAGUGUACUAUGUCCCCUGCCCUCCAGAUCUGAAGUGUACUAUGUCCCCUGCCCUCCAGAUCUGAAGUGUACUAUGUUGGUGUCUUUUCAGGAAAGGCAGUUCUACUGUGGUCACGUCUAUAUUUGGUGGUGUUCUGCAGAAUGAAGUCAACUGCCUGAUCUGUGGAACUGAGUCUAUAAAGUUUGACCCUUUCCUUGGUAAGUCACGUCCACUGUCAGUUCACCCAUGGCCUCGGUCAAUUCCAUUUCAAUUCAGUCAAAUCAGGAAGUAAACAGAAAAUUCUAAAUGUAUUUUUUCCCCACAAAUGUCCCCUGCCCUUCAGAUCUGUCCUUGGAUAUUCCCAGUCAGUUCAGACAGAAGAGAACCAAGGACCAAGAGCCUGGCCCUACCUGCACCUUACUAGGUGAGUUCUACUGUAGUUUUGGAGCUCCCUACCUGUACCUUACUAGGUGAGUUCUACUGUAGGGGUUGGAGCUCCCUACCUGAAACCUUACUAGGUGAGUUCUACUGUGGAGUUGGAGCUCCCUACCUGCACCUUACUGGGUUUGAGUUCUACGGGUAGUGUUGGAGCUCCCUACCUGUACCUUACUAGGUGAGUUCUACUGUAGAGUUGGAGCUCCUACCUGUACCUACUAGGUGAGUUCUACUGUAGUGUUGGAGCUCCCUACCUGCACCUUACUAGUGAGUUUACUGUAGAGUUGGGGGCUCCCUACCUUACCUUACUAGGUGAGUUCACUGUAGUUUUGGAGCUCCCUACCGCACCUUACUAGGUGAGUUCUACUGUAGAGUUGGAGCUCCCUACCUGUACCUACUGGGGUGAGUUCUAAUAGAGUGGAGCUCCCUACCUGCACCUUACUAGGUGAGUUCUACUGUGAUUUGGAGCUCCCUAACCUGUACCUACUAGGUGAGUUCUAAUAGAGUUGGAGCUCCCUACCUGCACCUUACUAGGUGAGUUCUACUGUAGAGUUGGAGCUCCCUACCUUACUAGGUGAGUUCUACUGUAGAGUUGGAGCUCCCUACCUUACUAGGUGAGUUCUACUGUAGAGUUGGAGCUCCCUACCUGUACCUUACUAGGUGAGUUCUAAUAGAGUUGGAGCUCCCUACCUGCACCUUACUAGGUGAGUUCUACUGUGAGUUGGAGCUCCCUACCGUCCCUUUUACUAGGUGAGUUCUAAUAGAGUUGGAAGCUCCCUACCGCACCUUAACUAGGUGAGUUCUACUGUAGAGUUGGAGCCCCCUACCUGCACCUUACUAGGUGAGUUCUACUGUAGGGGGGAGUCCCUACCUGCACCUUACUAGGUGAGUUCUACUGUAGUGUUGGAGCUCCCUCCCUGCACCUUACUAGGUGAGUUCUACUUAGAGUUGGAGCUCCCUACCUGUACCUUACUAGGUGAUUUCUACUGUAGGGGUUGGGGGCCCCCCUGUACCUUACUAGGUGAGUUCUACUGUAGAGUUGGAGCUCCCUACCUGUACCUUACAGGUGAGUUUUUUACUGUAGAUUUGGACUCCCUACCUGUACCUUAUAGGUGAGUUUUUACGGGUAGAGUUGGAGCCCCUACCUGCACCUUACUAGGUGAGUACUACUGUAGAGUUGGAGCUCCCUACCUGUUACCUUACUAGGUGAGUUCUACUGUAGAGUUGGGGGCUCCCAAACCUGUACCUUACUAGGUGAGUUCUACUGUAGAGUGGAGCUCCCUACCUGUACCUUACUAGGUGAGUUCUACUGUAGAGUUGGAGCCCUCAUACCUGCACCUAUAAGGGUGAGUUCUACUGUAGAGUUGGAGCUCCCUACCUGCAACCUUACUAGGGGGAAGUUCUACUGUAGUGUUGGAGCUCCCUACCUGCACCUUACAGGUGAGUUCUACUGUAGAUUUGGGAGCUCCCUACCUGCACCUUACUAGGUGAGUUCUACUGUGAGUUGGAGCUCCCUACCUGUACCUUACUAGGUGAGUUCUAAUAGAGUUGGAGCUCCCUACCUGCACCUUACUAGGUGAGUUCUACUGUAGAGUUGGAGCUCCCUACCUGCACCUUACUAGGUGAGUUCUACUGUAGAGUUGGAGCUCCCUACCUGACCUUACUAGGUGAGUUCAAUGUAGGGGUUGGAGCUCCCUACCUGUACCUUACUAGGUGAGUUCUACUGAAGAGUUGGAGCUCCCUACCUGUACCUUACUAGGUGAGUUCUACUGUAGAGUUGGAGCUCCCUACCUGCACCUUACUAGGUGAGUUCUACUGUAGUGUUGGAGCUCCCUACCUGCACCUUACUAGGUGAGUUCUACUGUAGUGUUGGAGCUCCCUACCUGCACCUUACUAGGGAGUUCUAUGUGAGUUGGAGCUCCCUCCUGUACCUUACUGGGUUUGAGUUCUACUGUAGUGUUGGAGCUCCCUACCUGCCCCUUUACUGGGGUUGAGUUUACUGUAGAGUUGGAGCUCCCUACCUGCACCUUACUAGGUGAGUUCUACUGUAGAGUUGGAGCUCCCUACCUGUACCUUACUAGGUGAGUUCUACUGUAGAGUUGGAGCUCCCUACCUGCACCUUACUAGGUGAGUUCUACUGUAGAGUUGGAGCUCCCUACCUGUACCUUACUAGGUGAGUUCAAGACUGUUGGAAAAGCAUUCCAGGUGAAGCUGGUUGAGAGAAUGCCAAGAGUGUGCAAAGCUGUCAUCAAGGGUGGCUAUUUUGAAGAACCUCAAAUAUAAAAUAUAUUUAGAUGUAACACUUUAUUGGUUAAUACAUGAUUCCAUAUGUGUUAUUUCAUAGUUUUGAUGCCUUCACAUUUAUUCUACAAUGUAGAAAAUAGUAAAAAAUAAUUAAAAACCCUUGAAUGGGUAGGUGUGUCCAUACUUUUGACUGGUUUUGUAUAUCUCUUAGUAAAGGGUUUGUAUGUAACAGCUACAGUGUCUUCAGAAAGUAUUCAGAUCCCUUGACUUGUUCACCUUUUGUUGUGUUAUAAAAUGGAGUACGUUACAGCCUGAAUUCAAAAUGGAGUAACGUCUCACCCAUCUACACACAGUAACGACAGUGAAAAGAUAGUUUUUAAAACAUGUUUAAAAAAAAUCAAAUGCAUAAAUAACUCAUUUACAUAAGUAUUCACACUCCUUAGUCAAUACGUGUUAGAAUCACCUUUGGCAGCGAUUACAGCUGUGAGUCUUUCUGGGUAAAAGCUUUGCACACCUGGAUUGUACAAUAUUUGCACAUUAUUCUUUAAUUAAUUCUUCAAGCUCUGUCAAGUUGGUUGUUGAUCAUUGCUAGACAGCCAUUUUCAAGUCUUGCUGUAGAUUUUCAAGCCGAUUUUAAGUCUAAACUGCAACUACGCCACUCGGGAACAUUUAAUGUAGUCUUGGUAAGCAACUCCAGUGUAUAUUUGGACUUGUGUUUUAGGUUCUUGUCCUGCUGAAAGGUGAAUUUGCCUCCCGGUGUCUUUUGGAAAGCAGACUGAACCAGGUUUUCCUCUAGGACUUUGCCUUUGCUUAGUUCUAUUCCAUUUAUUUUUAUCCUAGAAAACUUCCUAGUUCUUGCCGAUGACAAGCAUACCCAUAACAUGAUGCAGCCACCACCAUGCUUGAAAAUCUGAAGAGUGGUACUCAGUGAUGUUGUUGGAUUUGCCCUAAACAUAACUCUUUUUAUUCAGUACAUAAAGUGAAUUUCUUUGCCACAUUUUUUGCAGUAUUACUUAAGUGCCUUGUUGCAAACAGGAUGCAUGUUUUGGAAUAUUUUUUAUUCUGUAAGGCUCCCUUCUUUUCACUCUGUCAAUUGGGUUAGUAUUGUGGAGUAACUACAAUGUUGUUGAUCCAUCCUCAGUUUUCUCCUGUCACAGCCAUUAAACUCUGUAACUGUUUUAAAGUCACCAUCGGCCUCAUGGUGAAAUCCCUGAGUGGUUUCCUUCCUCUCUGGCAACUGAGUUAGGAAGGAUACCUGUAUCUUUGUAGUGACUGGGUGUAUUGAUACACCAUUCAAAGUGUAGUUCAUUGUCUGCUUUUUUUUGUUUUUACCCAUCUACCAAUAGGUGCCCUUUGUGGUUGAAUCUGUUUUGAAAUUGACUGCUCGUCUGAGGGACCUUACUGAUAAUUGUAUCUGUGGGGAACAGAGAUGAGGUAGUCAUUCAGAAAUCAUGUUAAACACUAUUAUUGCACACCGAGUGAGUCCAUGCAACUUAUUAUGUGACUUGUUAAGCACAUUUAUACUCCUGAACUUAUUUAGGCUUGUCAUAACAAAGGGGUUGAAUACUUAUUGACUCAAGACAUUUCAGCUUUUCAUUUUUAAUUAAUUUGUAAACAUUUCUAAAUGUUAUGCCAGUGAAACAGUCUCAUCUUUAUCCAUUUACAUUCAGGCUGUAACAAAAUGUGGAGAAAGUCAAGGGGUUUGAAUCCUUUCUGGUUGAGUUUAGGUUUGGUUUCCAUCUCUCUUCAUCAGACUGCCUGUGUAGCUUCACUGACCUGGAGGAGUUGGACCAGAGCGAGCUCUAUAUGUGCCCCAGGUGUAAGAAGAGACAGAAAUCCACCAAGAAGUUCUGGGUCCGGAAGCUGCCCAAGGUGUUGUGUCUGCACCUGAAGAGGUUCCACUGGACGUCCAACCUCAGGAACAAAGUAACCACCUAUGUAGAGUUCCCUCUACGGGGCCUGGACAUGAGGGGAUACUUACUACAGGUGACCCUUCAACCUAAGCUAACAUAUGGAAUUUAUUUUAAAUGGUCAUACCAAGGAGCAGUUUGAUUUAGAAUUUUAGGACCCCUUUAUGUAUCAAAAUAAUGUAUUACUGUGUCUAAGGUUUUGUCUGUAUCUAUAGUUGAGAUACAAGAAAAGCUAUUUAACCCCUUAUUUUUGUUGCCACAAACUACCUUCAUACUUCCAUAAUUUUUUUAAACCGGUACCGGUUACCUUCAGACAAAUUCCGUGACACUUGAAAAAAACGCGAACACCUUCCGCAGAUGCAAAAAAACAUAUCUGUAGCUUAAACUGACGGAUGUAGUUAUUAUGUUACUUCAACUGAACAAAAAUAUAAACGCAAAACGCAACCAUUUCUACGAUUGUACUGAGUUACAGUUCAUAGAAGGAACUCAGUCAAUUGAAAUAAAUUCAUUAGGCCCUAAUCUAUGGAUUUCACAUGACUGGGAAUACAGAUAUGCAUCUGUUGGUCACAGAUACCUUUUUAAUUUUUUUAGUCGGGCCGUGGAUUAGAAAACUCGACACAUCUCCUUCACAUGGAGUUGACUUUCUGCAAAAUUGUUUAAAACGAUGUUGGAGCCGGCUUAUGGUAGAGAAAUGAACAUUCAGUUCUCUGGCAACAGCUCUUGUGGACAUUCCUGCAGUCAGCAUGCCAAUUGCACACUCCCUCAAAACUUGAGACAUCUGUGGCCUUGUGUUGUGGGACAAAACUGCACAUUUUAGAGUGGCCUUUUAUUGUCCUCAACACAAGGUGCACCUGUGUAAUGAUCAUGCUGUUUAAUCAGCUUCUUGAUAUGCCACACCUGUCAGGUGGAUGGAUUAUCUUGGCAAAGGAGAAAUGCUCACUAACAGGGAUUUAAACACAUUUGUGCACACAAUUGAGAAAUAAGCUUUUUGUGAAUAUGGAAUUUAGCCAGGAGACCGGGGUUAACACCCCUACUCUUACAAUAAGUGUCAUGGGAUCUUUAGUGACCACAGAGAGUCAGGACACCUGUUUAACGUCCCAUCCGAAAGACGGCAACCUACACAGGGCAAUGUCCCCGAUCACUGCCCUGGGGAAUUGGGAUAUAAAAAUAUAUAUAUAUAAUUACAGCAGAGGAGAGGGUGCCUCCUACUGGCCCUCCAGCAGCAUCUGCUCUCCCAUCCAGGGACCGACCAGGACUGGCCCUCCAGCAGCAUCUGCUCUCCCAUCCAGGGACCGACCAGGACUGGCCCUCCAGCAGCAUCUGCUCUCCCAUCCAGGGACCGACCAGGACUGGCCCUCCAGCAGCAUCUGCUCUCCCAUCCAGGGACCGACCAGGACUGGCCCUCCAGCAGCAAUCUGCUCUCCCAUCCAGGGACCGACCAGGACUGACCCUCCAGCAGCAUCUGCUCUCCCAUCCAGGGGACCGACCAGGACUGGCCCUCCAGCAGCAUCUGCUCUCCCAUCCAGGGACCGACCAGGACUGACCCUCCAGCAGCAUCUGCUCUCCCAUCCAGGGACCGACCAGGACUGGCCCUCCAGCAGCAUCUGCUCUCCCAUCCAGGGACCGACCAGGACUGACCCUCCAGCAGCAUCUGCUCUCCCAUCCAGGGACCGACCAGGACUGACCCUCCAGCAGCAUCUGCUCUCCCAUCCAGGGACCGACCAGGACUGGCCCUCCAGCAGCAUCUGCUCUCCCAUCCAGGGACCGACCAGGACUGACCCUCCAGCAGCAUCUGCUCUCCCAUCCAGGGACCGACCAGGACUGACCCUCCAGCAGCAUCUGCUCUCCCAUCCAGGGACCGACCAGGACUGACCCUCCAGCAGCAUCUGCUCUCCCAUCCAGGGACCGACCAGGACUGACCCUCCAGCAGCAUCUGCUCUCCCAUCCAGGGACCGACCAGGACUGGCCCUCCAGCAGCAUCUGCUCUCCCAUCCAGGGACCGACCAGGACUGACCCUCCAGCAGCAUCUGCUCUCCCAUCCAGGGACCGACCAGGACUGGCCCUCCAGCAGCAUCUGCUCUCCCAUCCAGGGACCGACCAGGACUGGCCCUCCAGCAGCAUCUGCUCUCCCAUCCAGGGACCGACCAGGACUGACCCUACUUAGAGCAGCAUCUGCUCUCCCAUCCAGGGACCGACCAGGACUGACCCUACUUAGAGCAGCAUCUGCUCUCCCAUCCAGGGACCGACCAGGACUGACCCUCCAGCAGCAUCUGCUCUCCCAUCCAGGGACCGACCAGGACUGACCCUACUUAGAGCAGCAUCUGCUCUCCCAUCCAGGGACCGACCAGGACUGACCCUCCAGCAGCAUCUGCUCUCCCAUCCAGGGACCGACCAGGACUGACCCUACUUAGAGCAGCAUCUGCUCUCCCAUCCAGGGACCGACCAGGACUGACCCUACUUAGAGCAGCAUCUGCUCUCCCAUCCAGGGACCGACCAGGACUGGCCCUCCAGCAGCAUCUGCUCUCCCAUCCAGGGACCGACCAGGACUGACCCUACUUAGAGCAGCAUCUGCUCUCCCAUCCAGGGACCGACCAGGACUGGCCCUCCAGCAGCAUUACAUUUUACAUUUUACAUUUUAGUCAUUUAGCAGACGCUCUUAUCCAGAGCGACUUACAGUUAGUGAAUACAUAUUUUUUUUUUUUUUUUAUUUUUAUACUGGCCCCCCGUGGGAAUCGAACCCACAACCUUGGCGUUGCAAACGCCAUGCUCUAUCAACUGAGCUACAUCCCUGCCGGCCAUUCCCUCCCCUACCCUGGACGACGCUGGGCCAAUUGUGCGCCGCCCAUGAGUCUCCCGGUCGCGGCCGGCUGCGACAGAGCCUGGAUUCGAACCAGGAUCUCUAGUGGCACAGUUAGCACUGCGAUGCAGUGCCUUAGACCACUGCGCCACUCAGCAUCUGCUCUCCCAUCCAGGGACCGACCAGGACUGACCCUACUUAGAGCAGCAUCUGCUCUCCCAUCCAGGGACCGACCAGGACUGACCCUACUUAACUUCAGAGGCAAGCCAGCAGUGAUGCUGGGUGCUAUGCUGCUGACAAAGCCUUCAACCCUAAUCCCCUGACCCUAGGUAGAGUUGUUCCCUCUCCGUGGAGGGUUACGUACUAGAGAUGACCCCUGACCCUACGUACCAUCUCAGAGGACUGGACAUGAGGGUUACGUACUAGAGAUGACCCCUGACCCUACGUACCAUCUCAGAGGACUGGACAUGAGGGUUACGUACUAGAGAUGACCCCUGACCCUACGUACCAUCUCAGAGGACUGGACAUGAGGGUUACGUACUAGAGAUGACCCCUGACCCUACGUACCAUCUCAGAGGACUGGACAUGAGGGUUACUUACUAGAGAUGACCCCUGACCCUACGUACCAUCUCAGAGGACUGGACAUGAGGGUUACUUACUAGAGAUGACCCCUGACCCUACGUACCAUCUCAGAGGACUGGACAUGAGGGUUACGUACUAGAGAUGACCCCUGACCCUACGUACCAUCUCAGAGGACUGGACAUGAGGGUUACGUACUAGAGAUGACCCCUGACCCUACGUACCAUCUCAGAGGACUGGACAUGAGGGUUACGUACUAGAGAUGACCCCUGACCCUACGUACCAUCUCAGAGGACUGGACAUGUGAGGGUUACUUACUAGAGAUGACCCCUGACCCUACGUACCAUCUCAGAGGACUGGACAUGUGAGGGUUACGUACUAGAGAUGACCCCUGACCCUACGUACCAUCUCAGAGGACUGGACAUGAGGGUUACGUACUAGAGAUGACCCCUGACCCUACGUACCAUCUCAGAGGACUGGACAUGAGGGUUACGUACUAGAGAUGACCCCUGACCCUACGUACCAUCUCAGAGGACUGGACAUGAGGGUUACGUACUAGAGAUGACCCCUGACCCUACGUACCAUCUCAGAGGACUGGACAUGAGGGUUUACGUACUAGAGAUGACCCCUGACCCUACGUACCAUCUCAGAGGACUGGACAUGAGGGUUACUUACUAGAGAUGACCCCUGACCCUACGUACCAUCUCAGAGGACUGGACAUGAGGGUUACGUACUAGAGAUGACCCCUGACCCUACGUACCAUCUCAGAGGACUGGACAUGAGGGUUACUUACUAGAGAUGACCCCUGACCCUACGUACCAUCUCAGAGGACUGGACAUGAGGGUUACUUACUAGAGAUGACCCCUGACCCUACGUACCAUCUCAGAGGACUGGACAUGAGGGUUACGUACUAGAGAUGACCCCUGACCCUACGUACCAUCUCAGAGGACUGGACAUGAGGGUUACGUACUAGAGAUGACCCCUGACCCUACGUACCAUCUCAGAGGACUGGACAUGAGGGUUACGUACUAGAGAUGACCCCUGACCCUACGUACCAUCUCAGAGGACUGGACAUGAGGGUUACGUACUAGAGAUGACCCCUGACCCUACGUACCAUCUCAGAGGACUGGACAUGAGGGUUACGUACUAGAGAUGACCCCUGACCCUACGUACCAUCUCAGAGGACUGGACAUGAGGGUUACUUACUAGAGAUGACCCCUGACCCUACGUACCAUCUCAGAGGACUGGACAUGAGGGUUACGUACUAGAGAUGACCCCUGACCCUACGUACCAUCUCAGAGGACUGGACAUGAGGGUUACGUACUAGAGAUGACCCCUGACCCUACGUACCAUCUCAGAGGACUGGACAUGAGGGUUACUUACUAGAGAUGACCCCUGACCCUACGUACCAUCUCAGAGGACUGGACAUGAGGGUUACUUACUAGAGAUGACCCCUGACCCUACGUACCAUCUCAGAGGACUGGACAUGAGGGUUACGUACUAGAGAUGACCCCUGACCCUACGUACCAUCUCAGAGGACUGGACAUGUGAGGGUUACUUACUAGAGAUGACCCCUGACCCUACGUACCAUCUCAGAGGACUGGACAUGAGGGUUACGUACUAGAGAUGACCCCUGACCCUACGUACCAUCUCAGAGGACUGGACAUGUGAGGGUUACUUACUAGAGAUGACCCCUGACCCUACGUACCAUCUCAGAGGACUGGACAUGUGAGGGUGAGAUUCCAAACCCUAGGAAUCUAUUGAAAGUGAUUUUAAUUUGUCUGGGAAACGAGCCUCAAAAGCCUUAUUUCAAAGGCUCAAGGCUUUAGAUGAAUGUCUAGAGAAAUAUUCUGUUUUGUUGUGUUUGAGCAGCAGGAGAAGACGUUGCCUGACCGCUGGCUGUAUGACCUGGCAGCUGUGGUGGUGCAUCAUGGAUCAGGGUGAGUAGUGAUACACUCUCGCAACCGGAGGUCAUUGUAGGGUCACUGUAGGGCUGUUCACACAGGCAGCCCAAUUCUGAUCUUUUGACCACUUAUUAGUAUUUUGACCAAUCACAUCAGCUCAUUUUCAGUGCUUAUCUAAUUGGUCAAAAGACCAAUUAGUGAAAAAAGGAUCAGAAUUGGGCUGCCUGUGUAAAUGCAGCCAAUGUCGCGUGUACCUCAGUUGGUAGAGCAUGGCGCUUGCAACGCCAGGGUUGUGGGUUCAAUUCCCACGGGGGGCCAAAAUUUAUGCACUCACUAACUGUAAGUCGCUCUGGAUAAGAGCGUCUGCUAAAUGACUAAAAUGUUUUUCAAGUACACCACUCAGUUAACCCAGUUGGCCACUAGGUGGUGGUAUUGCAUUGUUGUGCCUGCCUGAUGAGCCAACUGAAUGUGUCCCAGUUAAUGUUACAGGGUUAAAUAGCUGAUCAUUACAUGAAGGCAGCCAGCAGGGUCAUGUUCAUUAGGGCAAAACGUUUUGAAACAGAAAAUUAGCAUAGCUUUACUUAAGUCUCCCGAGUGGCGCAGCGGUCUAAGGCACUGCAUCUCAGUGCUUGAGGCGUCACUACAGACCCCCUGGUUCGAUUCCAGGCUGUAUCACAACCGGCCGUGAUUGGGAGUCCCAUAGGGCGGCGCACAAUUGGCCCAGCGUCGUCCGGGUUUGGCCGGUGUAGGCCGUCAUUGUAAAUAAUAAUUUGUUCUUAACAGACUUUCCUAGUAAAAUAAAGGUAAAAUAAAAAGUCAAUUUAAGUCCAGGUAGUCCGUAGGGCUGGGAAUUGCCAGGGAUCUCACGAUACGAUGAUAUCACGAUACUAAGAUGCCGAUAAGUAUUGCGAUUCUCACGAUUUUAUAUGCAUUGUGAUUUGAUACUGUGAUUUUAUUGUGUUUCGAUGUUUUUAUUGCUCACCAUAUGUCUGCUGCAGAGGGACGAGAGCGCCAUCGGAAAAUGAGUUUUGAUCAGUCAUGGAAAUAAAAGUGCUGUAAACACAUUUGCUUCCUAUUUAAAAAGAAGAUGGAGAACAAACUUUAAAGGACAAAUACUGCAGUUUUGUUGCAGGUACAGCCAACUAGCGCCAAAAUAAUAUUGCAAUAUUGUCGAUAUGAUAUAUUGUAAAAAAUAAUAUCCCGAUAUGUAACUUUAGUGACCAACCCCCCCCUCCAUGACUAGUAGGUCUGUCCCCGUUUCACUCUGCCUAGUAGGUCUGUCCCCGUUUCACUCUGACUAGUAGGUCUGUCCCCUUUUCACUCGGACUAGUAGGUCUGUCCCCGUUUCACUCUGACUAGUAGGUCUGUCCCCUUUUCACUCGGACUAGUAGGUCUGUCCCCGUUUCACUCGGACUAGUAGGUCUGUCCCCUUUUCACUCGGACUAGUAGGUCUGUCCCCGUUUCACUCUGCCUAGUAGGUCUGUCCCCGUUUCACUCUGACUAGUAGGUCUGUCCCCUUUUCACUCGGACUAGUCGGUCUGUCCCGUUUCACUCGGACUAGUAGGUCUGUCCCCGUUUCACUCUGAUAGUAGGUCUGUCCCCGUUUCACUCUGACUAGUAGGUCUGUCCCCGUUUCACUCGGACUAGUAGGUCUGUCCCCGUUUCACUCUGACUAGUAGGUCUGUCCCCGUUUCACUCGGACUAGUAGGUCUGUCCCCGUUUCACUCGGACUAGUAGGUCUGUCCCCGUUUCACUCUGACUAGUAGGUCUGUCCCCGUUUCACUCGGACUAGUAGGUCUGUCCCCGUUUCACUCGGACUAGUAGGUCUGUCCCCGUUUCACUCUGACUAGUAGGUCUGUCCCCGUUUCACUCUGACUAGUAGGUCUGUCCCCGUUUCACUCGGACUACAUUUUAGUCAUUUAGCAGACGCUCUUAUCCAGAGCGACAUACAGUUAGUGAAUACAUAUUAUUAUAUAUAUAUAUAUUUUUUUUUAUACUGGCCCCCCGUGGGAAUCGAACCCACAACCCUGGCAUUGCAAACGCCAUGCUCUAUCAACUGGGCUACAUCCCUGCCGGCCAUUCCCUCCCCUACCCUGGACGACGCUGGGCCAAUUGUGCGCCGCCCAUGAGUCUCCCGGUCGCGGCCGGCUGCGACAGAGCCUGGAUUCGAACCAGGAUCUCUAGUGGCACAGCUAGCACUGCAAUGCAGUGCCUUAGACCACUGCGCCACUCAGGAGACACUGAGUUUCACUCUGACUAGUAGGUCUGUCCCCGUUUCACUCUGCUUUCUUCCAUUUAGUGCCUUAUUCAAAUAUGGUUUAAUUGUGUUGGCAGGGUUGGAUCGGGACAUUACACAGCGUACGGCAGACGGGACGAUCGCUGGUACCACUUCAACGACAGCACAGUGACACUAACGGAGGAGGAGACGGUGGUUAAAGCCAAGGCUUACAUUCUGUUCUACACAGAGAGACCCGACCAAACUACACCUGAGACUGACACCAGGCUUUAACCUGACCUAACCCCAGACUAGUCCUCCCUCGUCUUCACCAGGAUAACAUACCUCUUCCUCGCAGCCUGCAUCAUGUCUUUAAAGCAGCUUUCGUCAAUAUGAGUUUGAUGUUAAGUCCAUGAUUUAAGUAUUUUUGUGUAUGGGACAUUGAUUUCAUCAGAAUUUCUUUAAAACCAAAUUGCUGCUUGAUAUUUGAUGAGUUCUGUAUGAUUUUACUUUGUCCCAAAUGGCAACCUAUUUCCUAUGUAGUGCACAUUGGGCCACAACCGAAUGUUCUGCCUUGUUUAUCUUCACGUAACAUUCCUCCAUGAAGGUGACCGUGUCCCGGUGGUGGACAUGACCGUGUCCCGGU